ACAGGUGUGAAAGGAUUGCUGUUGUAUUACAAUCAUGGUGCAAAAAUACCAGUCAACAGUGAGGGUGUACAAAUACCCCUUCAAAUUAAUUAUGGCUGCCUAUGAAAGGAGGUUCCCUACGUGUCCUUUGAUUCCGACAUUCGUGGGAAGUGACACUGUGAAUGAAUUCAAGAGUGAAGAUGGGGCUGUUCAUGUCAUUGAAAGGCGCUGCAAGCUGGAUGUAGAUGCACCAAGACUGCUGAAGAAGAUUGCAGGAGUUGAUUAUGUUUAUUUUGUCCAGAAGAACUCACCGAAUUGUCGGGAACAUACUUUGCACAUUGAGGCUCAUAAUGAAACAUUUUCCAGUUGCUAUACUGUUCACCCAGAAAAUGAAGAUUGGACCUGUUUUGAACAGUCUGCAAGUUUAGAUAUUAAAUCUUUCUUUGGUUUUGAAAGUACCGUGGAAAAAUUGCAAUGAAACAAUAUACCAGCAACAUUAAAAAAAGGAAAGGAAAUCAUUGAAUACUACCUUCGCCAUUUAGAAGAAGGCAUAACCUUUGUGCCCCGUUGGACUCCGCCUUCCAUCACUCCCUCUUCAGAGACAUCUUCAACAUCCUGCAAGAAACAAGCAGCGUCCAUGGCCGUUGUCAUCCCAGGUGCUGUCCUCAAGGAGGGGCUGAGUGGCGAUGCCCUCAGCAGCCUCAACACACCUGAGCCCGUGGUGGGCACCCCUGAUAACAAACUAGAUGCUGACUACAUCAAGAGAUACCUGGGCGAUUUGACUCCACUGCAGGAGAGCUGUCUCAUUAGACUUCACCGGUGGCUCCAGGAGACCCACAAGGGCGAAAUUCCAAAAGAUGAACAUAUUCUUCAGUUCCUACGUGCACGGGAUUUUAAAACUGACAAAACCAGAGAGAUCAUUUGUCAAUCUUUGACGUGGAGGAAGCAGCACCAGGUAGGCUACGUUCUUGCUACCUGAACCGCUCCACAGGUCCUUCAGGAUUACUACACGGGAGGCUGGCAUCAUCACGACAAAGAUGGGCGGCCCUCUGUGUGCUCAGGCUGGGGCAGAUGGACACCAACGGCUUGGUGAGAGCUCUCGGGGAGGAAGCCCUGCCGAGAUACGUUCUCUCCAUAAAUGAAGAAGAGCUAAGGCAAUGUGAAGAGAAUACAAAAGUCUUUGUUCGGCCUAUCAGCUCAUGGACCUGCCUGGUGGACUUGGAAGGGGUGAACAUGCGUCACUUGUGGAGACUUGAUGUCAAAGCCCUGCAGCGGAUCAUCGAGGUGGUGAAGGCCAAUUACCCUAAGAGACUGGGCCGACUUCUCAUCCUGCGGGCACCCAGGGUAUUUCCUGUGCUCUGGACGCUGGUUAGUCCGUUUAUUGAUGACAACACCAGAAGGAAAUUCCUCAUUUAUGCAGGAAAUGACUACCAGGGUCCUGGAGGCCUGCUGGAUUACAUUGACAGAUUAUUUCAGAUUUCCUGAGUGGAGAGUGCAUGUGCAAAGUGCCAGAGGGUAGACUGGUCCCCAGAUCUCUGUACUGGACCAUGGAGGAGCUGGAGAACGAAGACCUCAAGCUCUGCACUGAGACCAUCUACCACUCUGCAAGCAUCUUCAAAGGAGCCCCACACAAGAUUCUCAUUCAGAUUGUGGAUGCCUCUUCAGUCAUCACUUGGAAUUUCGACGUGUACAAAGGGGACAUUGUCUUUAACAUCUAUCACUCCAAGAGGUCGCCACAGCCACCCAAAAAGGACUCCCUGGGGGCCCCACCUCUCCAGGUAGGAACAAUGUGCAGCUCGUAGACAAAGUCUGGAAGUGGGGCCGUGACUAUAGCAUGGUGGAAUCGCCUCUGAUCUGUAAAGAAGGAGAAGGUUUGCAGGGCUCCCAUGUGACCACGUGGCCGGGCCUCUCCAUCCUGCAGUGGAAAUUCCACGGCAUGCCUGCGUGCGCCGUCAGCAGCCUGCCCCAGGUGGAUGAUGUGCUUGCGUCCCUGCAGAUCUCUCGCACAACUGUAAAGUGAUGUACUAUGCCAAGGUGAUAGGCUCCGAGGAUUUCAGAGGUUCCAUGACGAGCCUGGAGUCCAGCCACAGUGGCUUCUCCCAGUUGAGCCUGCCACCACCUUCUCCAGCCAGUCCCACUCCAGCUCCAUGAUUUCCAGCUAGUGCCAC